AUGCCAUUGGGGCUUAAGCCAGAAAAUGUCCAGAACUACGAUGUUAUACACAGAGAACUGGAGAAGAAGAACAUAGAAUCUCGCUGUAAGUGGCAAAAGACUUACGGAAAUUGGUUUGACGAAUCGGAUGCGCGUUUCCUAAAGACAGUGAGUGAGAUGAAGAGUGACAAUUCUGCCCUUCCAGCUGACACUUAUAAGUAUAAGCCUGUUCUCAAACAUCCCUUUAAUCCUAACAAUCUAGAGGAAGGGCUUUUUAAGCCAAAUGACUUUUCAGUUCCAAAGUGUCAAGAAACCAGUGUUUGCGACAUGCCAGGCUGGUAG